ACUAUAAUUAAUACGAGGUUGAUGAUUGAGACUGGAACAAGUCUGUGGUGUGCUGUUCCGAAACCGGGACAAAAUUUCAUGGAAAGGCCGUGAAUUUUCACGAUAUCCUGACUUCACCAUGUGGUAUGAGAUUCUCCCAGGUCUAGGCCUGAUGGUGGGCUGCAUUGCAGCUGUCGGAGGAAUAAAUUACACCUGUCAGAAGUUGGGGAAUGGUGGAAAGUUGAGGAGACAAGUACGACACCCAUUUGAAUACAGGUUGUAUAGACGAGAUCAGAUGGUCACUGGAAAGGCAUACAUUGCAAAGGGUCUAGAAGGUCUGAAUGAGAUGUCAUUCAAAAGCUAAGCCUGAUGUCUGUCAGCAUCUGAGAUGAGUUCCCACAAUCGGGCCCUGCCCCCUCCUACACUCCAAAACAGCAAGGAACUCUCAACAAGUGACGGCUAGCAUGCAACAAAAUAUCAUACCAAAUCGCCAAAAAACAAGACUCACCAAUCAUAGAGAAUAUCAUCAGGGCUCCAAUCUCUUUCGUCCCUUCCAGUCCCACGUUAUUUUUUUGGAGAUUUUCAACUCACAGAUGUGAUGCGAUCAAGCUAAAUGAGUCGUUAAUCGACCCCGGUCAAUUUUUUUUAUUACAGAUUUGAAAAGAGCACAAUCUCAGCGUUACUGCUGUGAAAACCACAUGCUAAUACCAUCUUUAGUUAAAAAAAAUAUGAAAGUCGGAACACCAAGAGAUGUGAUGAAGUGAUGUGAUGAAGUCGCCCUAUUUUGGCCUGUAUCUCCAAAUGAAAAUUCCCGACAAACGACUCGUGUAGCUUGAUCGCAUCACAAAUGCUCAUCAUCUGUUUUCCACUUAAAAUAUACCAACAAAGUUUAAAUUCUAACACUUUGGAUGGUGUACAUACAUGCACCAAAAUUAUCUACUGCGAACAUUUUGAAGUUGUGGAAAAUUGGCUGUUGUGUACAUUUUAGAUAGCACAGUGGGAACUUAUCGACGAUAUUGCAUUUGGAAAAUUGAGUUUUAAAAGAUUGAAUGCUCUUUAUUGAUUUGAGAUUUUCAUAUAAUUUUGUGUGUAAAUAGUUAACAGGUUCAUAUUGUCUCUGUAGAAAGUUGUUAUCAACAACGUCCACGUAAAAAAAUAAUAUUCACCAACUGACAGCAACAGACAAAAGGAACGAUAUUUGUGUUGCUUUUUAAGAUUCAUUUUUGCGGUUAAAUUUGUUAUUUUAAGUUUAAGCUAUCAACUUUCCAUAUGGCUAGUAUGGAUUCCUUUUCUUGCAGAAAUUUCACAAAAUGUGGAGAAAAUUACAUAACUACUUACAAGACCUCCAUGUUGCAGCAUGAGUUUUGAUCUCAAUUUUCAGACCCAACUUUGUGGCCAUUAGGUCUUUGAUUGCCGUGGGGAAAGUAUACAAACAGUUGGAAUACAGAAAUUCAAUAAACAGACAAUAAACUUUAAGUUUUAAAAAGAAAUGAA